AAGUUUCAAGACUGUGUGCUUGCAGCUGGAAAAAGAUUUAAACCAGGUGCUCCAAUGGCUACUGGACACCGCCACAGCCAGUCCUGUUCUUAUAUUAUCUUCAAUGAACACUUUCCAUUGGUAAAAAUUUUAUUUAUAACCCAUGUCAUGGAAUCCAUAAAAAUUUCAACUUUUAUUUCUUAGAUUGGAUUAUGCUGAGUAAUGGACUGUCAGUCGGUGGAGAUUGGCGAAGCCAUGGAAGAGGAGAGGCACGUUCUGUUUGGAAAGUACGAAAUGGGGAGGCUUCUCGGGAAAGGCACGUUUGCGAAAGUGUAUUAUGGAAAACAUAUUGUGUCCGGUGAAAGUGUCGCCAUUAAAAUUAUCAACAAAGAUCAGGUGAAGAGGGAAGGGAUGAUGGAGCAGAUUCAGAGGGAAAUUUCUGUAUUGCGAUUGGUUCGUCACCCGAAUAUCGUGGAGCUCAAAGAAGUGAUGGCGACGAAGAAGAAGAUCUUUUUUGUAAUGGAGUAUGUUAAAGGCGGAGAGCUCUUCGCGAAGGUUGCCAGAGGCAAGCUGAAAGAAGAUUUAGCGAGAAAGUAUUUUCAACAGUUGAUAAGCGCGAUUGAUUUUUGUCACAGUAGAGGCGUCUCGCAUCGAGAUUUAAAGCCGGAGAAUUUGUUGUUAGACGAAAACGGAGAUCUGAAAAUUUCGGAUUUUGGUCUCUCGGCUUUGCCGGAACAGUUGAGAAACGACGGCCUACUCCACACGCAGUGCGGGACACCAGCUUAUGUGGCGCCAGAAAUUAUAAGAAAGAAAGGCUACGACGGGGCCACGGCGGAUAUCUGGUCUUGUGGGGUGAUUUUAUACGUUCUUCUUGCAGGAUUUUUGCCCUUUCAAGAUGCCAAUUUGAUGAAUAUGUACAGGAAAAUUUUCAAAGCCCAGUUUGAAUGUCCUCUAUGGAUUUCACCUGAAGCAAAGCGAUUGAUUUCUAAACUUCUUGUAUCUGAUCCUGGAAGACGGAUCACAAUUCAAGCCAUUAUUCGAGUGCCCUGGUUUCAGAAAGGCUUCACUCGACCUCCAUCGUUUUCCGUCGAUCAAGAAUCAGAAAAAGAGAAACAAGAGGAGGACAAAACGUCUAAAAUUCCAUCUCCAAAGUUUUUCAAUGCGUUUGAGUUCAUUUCCUCCAUGGCUUCGGGUUUUAACCUGUCGAGUUUGUUCGAGAGCAAGAGGAAGACUGGAUCCAUGUUCACGUCUAAGUGCUCAGCAAGUGCUAUCAUGGAGAAGAUUGAAGAAGCAGCAAAGGGGAUGAGUUUUGAAGUAGCCAAAGUGAAGGAUUUCAAAGUGAAGUUACAUGGAGGAUCAGAAGGAAGAAAAGGACGGCUGUCAGUGACUGUGGAGGUGUUUGAGGUAGCGCCGACGGUGGCAAUCGUGGAGUUGUCAAAAUCCUCCGGUGACACUUUGGAGUAUGCUAAGUUUUGUGAGGAAGAUGUUAGGCCAGCAUUGAAAGACAUUGUCUGGACAUGGCAAGGUGACAAUAUCAGUAACGGUGAAGAAUCAUAGAGCAAAUAGUUUUCUUACAAAUCUGUACACUAGGUAUAAGAGCUUGUGAUUGGAUAAUAUAAUUAUUGUAUAGAGUCAAUGCUCAUCAUAACUAUGUCGAUUGUAGAUUAAAUUUCAUGAACAUUAAUUAUGUUGUAAAA